UCACCGUAGAAAGAGAAGAGAGAGUUGAAAAGAUUACUAUGGCGGAGGAAGAAGAGAACGAGGUGUCGGCUCAACUCGAAUUCCCGAAGAGUCGGGUUAAGAAGAUCAUAACGCUGGACAAGGAUGUGAAGAGAGUGAGUUCAGAAGCGUUGUUCCUGGUGUCGCGCUCCACAGAGUUGUUCCUCCAAUUUCUGGCUGAAAAAUCUGCCAAAGUUGCCAUUGAAAAGAAACGGAAGACCGUGAAUCUGGAACACCUGAGAAUGGCCGUUAAGAGGCACCAGCCAACCAGGGAUUUUCUCCUCGACGAUCUUCCGCCGCCGUCUCGGCCCGCCAAACCCGACGGGCCUACUCAGCCCGUUGUUCGGCCAAAACUUGAUGCACCGCCGCCUGGUACUCGUCGCAUCGAUCAGUUUUUCCGAAAGCCAGUGCCUCAAAACCCAGCCCAAGUUCAAUCGCCUGAAAAUCCAGCCCAAGCCCAAUCGUCUGAAAUUCCUGCCCAAGCUCAAGCGCCCGAAAUACCUUCUCAAGCUCAAUCGCCUGAAGUUCCUUCUCAGGCUCAAUCGCCGGAAGUUCCAUCUCAAGUUCAAUCGCCAGUACCGGUAGAUGAGUCUUAGGGUUACGUUUGUUUAUACUCGCAAUUAAGAUUUUGUAUGCGAUCAUAAUCAGAUAUAACAUUUACCAUUUAACAAUGCG